AUGGGGAAAGUGCUCGGAACUCCAAUCGUGGUUGAUCAAAAAACCCUAUAUUUGGAUUUUGGUUACUUUGCAGCAGUUCUAGUUGACAUUGAUUUUGGUAAAAACAUUCCUGAGAGGAUUAGAAUUAAGUCAGGAGGAAAAAGCUUUUGGCAGUAUUUGGACAUACCAAAAAGUCCGAAAUUCUGCUUGCACUGUAACAUUAUUGUCCAUCAUGAGAAGGAGUGCAAAAAGAAGCCAGCGGAUAAAACUGUUCACAACAAUGAGCCAGCACAGAAUAACUCAACUUCUUCUCAAGAUUGGAAAGAAAUACAGCGCAGGAGAAAGAGUCGUAAAGGGAAGAAUUCUGGAACUUCUCAAGGUUUUCAUGGGGGGAAUGUUGGUAGUGUGGAGAAAACUUCUCAGCUUGAGGAUGAAGUUUCUCGUUCUGAGGAUGAGUUUAAUGCAGCAGCUCCAAAGCUAGAAAGAGCAAAGAAAGCUGCAGCGGACAACUUAACUUUGGUGAACAGGACCGAGUUAGAGAGAACCAGCGCCUUGGUAACUAUGUCAGAUGGCAGUCAGGCUUUGAUAAAUUCUGUUGCUUCAGCAAGCACAUCAAAUACUGCUGCUAAUGAGAAUGAUGUUAACAUAGUUGCUUCGCAAGAGCAUAUUAUUGAACAGCUAAACUCUUCUUCAGUAUACCAGGCGUUAACUAAAAAGGAAGUGAUUAUUUCUCCCAAUAAAUUAAAUGUGCUUUCAGAUGAGCUGAGUUUCAAUACUUCAGCUAAUGAUAUGGAAGAUUCUAUUGGGGAGAGUUCGUCAGAUGAAUCCAUCAAUGCUGAACAAGUUAUUGCAGGAGUGAAAGGUACUCAAUGGGGAGGAAUUCCAAUGGAUAAGCCUAAGCCUAAGACAUCUCGUAGAGCUCGCCGCGUUGCUGUGAACAAUAAUGCUAAAAAAGACAAGCCAGUGGAUAAAUCCUCUUCGGAAUUGGAAUGGGAAACUAAUGACUUGGGCAUAAAGGUGAAGAAAGGUGUUUCUCCGGUUAUAACUAGGAUUUCUAAGACUAGUAAGAAAUCGGUUUCUACUUCUCAGCUAGCUAAUUCUCCUUCAUCUGGUUUUUAA